CAGAAUGUGAAUGAUUAAACUCAUAGAGAGUAUAAGUAGUGGUCUGGGAUGAACGUCUCCUCACAUUGUGUUGAGCUCUUGCCAGCGGUGCGAUCAGCAGCAGACAUGGCCUUCAGCGGAACGUGGCAGGUUUAUGUGCAGGAGAACUACGAGGAGUUUCUGAGAGCCAUCUCUCUGCCAGAAGAUGUCAUUAAAAUGGCCAAGGAUGUUAAACCAGUGACUGAAAUCCAUCAAAAUGGCAACGACUUCACCAUCACAUCCAAAACCCCUGGAAAAACCGUCACAAACUCCUUCACCGUCGGCAAGGAAGCUGAAAUCACCACCAUGGACGGCAAGAAACUCAAGUGCAUUGUCAGACUGGAGGGAGGGAAGCUGGUGUGUCAGACCGAUCGGUUCUCUCACAUCCAGGAGAUCAAGGGAGGAGAGAUGGUGGAGACCCUGACAGUAGGAGGAACCACCAUGAUCAGGAGGAGCAAAAAGAUGUGAAGAGUUACUAUUUAAAUAAAGCUCUGGUUUAUCAUCCUA